AUGACGUAUCAGUAUUUUCCCCUAGAUCAAAGAGCAUGCCUUAGCCAUGAAAUCAGCUGUGGACCUGGAUCUUUGCAGUGCAUUCCUGCUGCAUGGCAAUGUGAUGGAGAGAAGGACUGCCAUAAUAAUGGUGAUGAGAUUGAUUGUGGUCAAAUUACUUGUGAUCCUUUGGAAUUCACUUGCUCCAGUGGGAGGUGCAUUGCCAAAACGUUUGCCUGCAACGGUAUGGAUGAUUGUGGUGAUGGAAGUGACGAAAAGAACUGUGCUCUAUCUACCUGUGGUGCUCAUGAGUUUCAGUGCAAUAACUCAGAAUGCAUACCUUUAAACUGGGUGUGUGAUAACAAUGUAGAUUGUACAGAUAAAUCCGAUGAAUCUUCAGACUACUGUGGGUACACUCUUCCUCCUUUGGCCUGCUCUCCUAAUGACUUCCUGUGUGCUUCGGGCGAAUGCAUUCACGCUCGUUGGUACUGCGAUGGUGAUGCUGACUGCAAAGACGGAAGUGAUGAAGCUAAUUGCCCUCCUCGCACAUGUAGGCCUGAUCACUUCCAAUGUAAUGAUGGCAGUUGUAUUCCUGGGAAAAAGAGAUGCAAUCAGUUCAGAGACUGUAGUGAUGGUGGUGAUGAACUCAACUGUCAGGAAAAUUCAGAGUGCAAGGGACAAACUGACUUCAAAUGUCAUAGUGGAGAAUGCAUAAACAUCAGCCAAGUAUGUGAUACCAAGCAGGACUGUAAAGACUGGAGUGAUGAAAUUCUCAAAGAAUGUAUAAAAAAUGAAUGUUUAAAGAAGAAUGGUGGCUGCUCCCACAUAUGCCAUGAUCUCGUCAUUGGUUAUGAAUGCGAAUGCCCUGCUGGUUAUGAUUUGAUUGACAAGACUACCUGCGGAGAUGUUAAUGAGUGCCUCAAUCCUGGAGCUUGCAGUCAAAUUUGUGUCAAUACAGAUGGAAGCUAUAUGUGUGAAUGUCAUGCAGGUUACCUUAUGGAUCCAGUUAAUGGAGUUUGCAAGGCAAUAGGCACAGAGCCUUAUUUGAUCUUCACAAACCACCAUGACAUCAGGAAGCUGGGACUGCAUCUCUGGGAGUACACCCAAGUUGCUGUGCAGCUGAGGAAUGCUGUGGCGCUGGAUGCUGAUGUUGCAGAGGGGAGGCUCUUCUGGGCUGAUAUGGGGCAGCGGGCAACCUUCAGCACAGACCACAUGAAAGGGCGUGUAAAUUGGAUUGAUGCAAAGUUGCACACAUUAUCAAGUAUGGAUCUCAAUGGACAGGACAGAAGAACAGUUUUACAGUCACAAGAAUUCCUUCUACAUCCUCAUGCUAUAGCUCUAUUUGAGGAUCAUGUUUAUUGGGCUGAUGAGGGGAAAGGAAUUUAUGGAGCCAAUAAGUAUACUGGAGAUAAUGUGAACCUUCUGGCCUCUAAUGUUGACCCUGGGGACAUCAUAAUCUAUCAUGAGAUGAUACAGCCAUCUGGCAAAAGCUGGUGUGCAGAGUUUGGAAACUGUGAGCACAUGUGCCUUCCUGCUCCUCAAAUUAACAGUCAGUCACCAAAAUAUACCUGUGUGUGUCCGACUGGAAUGGUGUUGAAGGAUGAUGAACAGCAUUGUACUGAAGUAAAUGAACAUUCAACUCCAACAAAGAGGUCUGCAGUUGUGGCUUCAGAAGUGUUUGUCAGGUCACACACCAACUUGUCAACAAUUCUGGCUAAUCCCAAAGACGUGGAAAUUCAAGUUACUAAACAUGAAGAGGAACUGAAGUUAACUAAGCAAAAAUUGUCUGAAACUACAACCCGUUUGGAAAGAUAUCAAAAUAAGAUUAUAGACCUGGCAACUAGGUCUCGUUGUAAGAACAUGCAAAUUGUUGGAUUGCAAGAAGGAGCUGAAGAUGGAGAUUUAACGGUUUACUUUGAUGAUGGAAUGUAA